AUGGCGCGUCUGUGUUUAAAAUGCCCAUGUGACAGCAUAGAAAGUAUCCGAACGUCGUAUCAACCGCAAUGGCGUGAAGUCUGUACCCAGUUUUACUUUCAUCAAGACGAGGUAGCCAAACGCGUUUUGGACUGUUUCGAAGCGAGCAGAGCGGACGAUUUCAAGAGUUUGGGGCCUCAGGCAGACGAAGUUUGUAUUUCCACAGUAGAUGAUACCAGAGCCGAUGAUCAAGUCCGUGAUCUCGUGCAACUGCUGAAGAUGCACAAGUGCAACGUACCUGGUCAUGAACCGAGUUUUGGCCAAGUAGUUCAGAUGCUGGAAGCGGUGAAGAGCGCGGUUCGUGCGGAGUAUCAUGACCACGUCUCGACUCAGCGGUAUACGGAGUUUGAAGCGCGAGCAGAGGAAAGUCAGGGAACUAAUUACGAAGUGUGGACGGAAGCCAAUGGCCAACAACGACUGUCAGUGCGCGUCCAGCACGACUAUCUGCGCUCGAAAGCGAGUUACACUAAAAUGGUGGAGCGCCUCGAGGUGUUUAUUGCAAAGCACUUGCCCAAUAUUGGUUGCCAUCCUUUCUUGGCUGGACUUCGGUCCGCAUUGCAGUGGAAUCUAGAGAGCUCUACCGUUGUCGCAUGGAAAUUACCUGAUUCCGUGUUUGUCGAAAGCGGUGAUGCCGUCUUCACACACAACGCACUGAAGCUAGUGGCAUCUGCACUGAACUUCAGCCACUGCAAGAGCGCUGAUACGACCGCCAAGCCUGGCACCUCGCGCGACGAUCGCGUGAAAACGCGCGACUGGUUGUUGGACCCGUAUCUAUCGGACCACGAUAUCCGUCACCUCGUGCGUCUAUUUCCUGCUGCAAAGCGUCUCGAAGGGAGACCAACUGGCAGUAAACUGCUCACGAAAUUCGAUCGCGUCAAUGUCCAUGGACAGCAAGACGAGAGAUCGCGUUUUUUUUUCGACCGGUGGUGCAUCGUCCUGUAG